AUGGAUCGCAAUCAACAUUGGGUGCAUUCCUGGGCGGCGAUGCCAAUGCGCACCGAGCCAGACAAUCUUCCUCCGAAAGCGUUUAUUGAGGGUACAACGGCCUUCCCCAACACUACCAUCCGGCAGACAGUCAAGCUCACGUUGGGGACCAAGCGAUUCCUGCGCCUCAGACUGUCCAAUGCUUUUGGCCUCGAUGACUUGGAAAUCAAGCAUGCGACCAUCGCACCCGCCAGGGAGAAUGCGCCGGGUAGCAAGGAGAUCGACGCGAACAUCCUAAGAGACAUCACCUUCGAUGAUGGUCUGCGUGAGACAAGCAUCCCCGGCGGAGCGCAGGCUGUUUCCGAUCCCAUCGACUUUGGAAGGGCCGUGCCGCGGAACACAAUACUCAGCAUCAGCCUCUUCCUCAAGUCGGGACAAGAUGGCCAAACUGGAGUGACCUCUCAUCCCGGGAGUCGAACGACCUCUUUCUGCUGCCGAGGGAACCAUGUCUCGGACCCGACGUGGGCCAAUCUUGCAGCGCAGGAGGUGGAGCAUUGGUAUUUUAUCUCUGCGAUUGAGGUUCUGGCACCUCGUUCCGCAUGCGCGUUUGCGAUCAUCGGUGACAGCAUCACUGAUGGAAGGUGCAGUACCACUGACGGAAAUGACCGAUGGCCAGAUCGUCUCUUUGAGCGCUUUCAAUUGGAUUCUACGGCAGCAAACAUCUCAGUCAUCAACCAAGCGGCUGGAGGCAAUCGAUUACUCGCAGACGGGCUGGGCCCGAACGUGUUGAGUCGUCUCGAUCGCGACAUCCUCUGUCUGUCAGGCCUCAGAUACGUGCUCAUCUUCGAGGGCGUAAACGACAUUGGCACCGCAGACCCCAACGAAACUUCCCAGGCGGCUGCGUUGAAACGAAUUAUCGCGGGGUACCGUCAAAUUGCGACGAGAGUACAUGCGCGAGGGAUCCCCGUCUUUGCUGCGACCAUCACUCCAUUCGGAAGAAGGGAGGUGGACGCAGAGCUCGAUGCGGAAGCCGAGGGACUUUCUGGGUAUUCGGAUCCAACUCGGGAUCAAACGAGACGUCAACUGAACGACUGGAUACGCACCAGCGGUGUCUUUGACGCGGUGAUUGAUUUUGACGAGGUUCUUCGGGAUCGCGACCACGCCGAGAUUUUGAGCCCGCAGUUUGACUCGGGCGACCGGCUACAUCCCAACACUCGGGCUUUCCAGGCUCUCGCGGAUGCUUUCCCAUUGGAUCUCUUUUCAAAAUUCCGAGACUACUGA